CAUGUUGGUAAUCGGUAGUAUCGAGAUAGUAAUGAAGACUAACUUGACGUUUAUUUAAAUAUGGAGUAGUGAAAGGAUUGCGUUAUCUUUACAGUAAAGAAAUGGUUGUUAUAGUGUACGGGUUUUGAAAAGCAAAACUUCGGUGAAUUAGUUACGUAUAUUUUGAUAAUACACUUUUAAUAUAUUCUCAAGUUGAACGUUUAUCGAAUAUAUAACUCUACCCAGGUGCCAUAUCUUUUCAUACAUUAAGCCGGAUAUAUGUGUUAGUUGUUAUUGGGUAAAGGAAUAAGAAACUACAAAAACAGGUUCAUUCCUUUAAUUUUACUUCGGAGGACGAAAUAAGUGAAGUCACUGUCAUAUAAUGGCUGAGGAAUUAAAGGCAGGCCUCUCAGGCGGAUAUGGUAAUGGCAAAGACAAAUCUGAAACACAUCUUAACACUGCAGAGUAUUUUAUUGCACUUGAGAAAUGGUUACGUGAUGUCUAUGUGUGGCAGAAUAUUACAGCAGCAUUUCCGUAUGCUUUAAUGACAAACCAAUUUGCCCAUGCUGGUGCUAUGAAUAUGCCACAUUUUGGAGGCAGUCAUAGUGGUUCUAGUGUAUUUCCAUACACAGCAUUUAUGCAUAACAGUGAUACUCUUUACAAUCGAAGGCCUCAGGUUGCAAUGAUCAGACCAACACAACAUCAGCAACAUGCAGUUGCAGAGGAAGGUAUUGAGUAUAGAAUUCCUCCUCUCUGGAAGAGGUUAAUUGCAGAGUUCUUAGAUUUCUUCAUGUUAUUCUUCUUUAAGCUGGCUGUUACAUUUAUGGCUGUGGACUUUGAUUUAAUCGAUGUCGACAAGUAUGAUCUAGAUAUGCUACAAAAAACUGUUAAGACAGACUACAGGAUGGCACUGGAGAUGACAUCAGAUAUUCUGUUACUGGAGUUGAUUUACAGGAUAGUUGUAUGUGCAUUUGAAACAUUCUGGUUGCAACGUGGCAUUGACGGACAUUUUGGAGGUGCAACUCCAGGAAAGACAGUGAUGGGAAUUCGUGUUGUGCUCUGCACAAAGGUGACUCGUAUAGAAGGAAGACCUAUGGAUAUUGUUGCAGUUCAUCCUGGAACUGAUCUUGGAUUGGGUUGGGCAUUCGCCCGCUCUUUUAUUAAGAAUUUGAUUCUUGCUUUCUUAUUUCCAGUUUGUUUUACACUCUACUUCUUCAGGUAUAAUCGCACUGUAUAUGACAUUUUGUGUCGAACGAUUGUUGUGGAAGAUCCACCAAGACACCGACACUGAAAAAGGCUUUUUGUGGUAUCUUUGCACUAGCCUUACACAUGCUUUAUUGUUGUCUUGUAUAAAUAAAAAAAUAAAUAUAUAUAGUGUAUAUUAUAUAUUAUUGAUUAAAAUAAUUUUUAAUUUUAUGUUUGAGGUCUUCUUAACAGUUCUGUUGUCUAUUGAAAGCCGUUUGAUUAAAAUGUGGGAAUUCAAAUACAGGCACUAGUAUGUAUGUGAGAAAACAUAUAAUUUAGUACAAUAAGGAUUCAUAUUGGAAUCGCUUUACAUUUCUCUGAAAGUACUAAACUGAUUUUUGAAGUUGCUCUUUUGGAAUUUGUGGUCUGUAUUUCACAAACAAAUAAACAUUUUGAUUAUCACCAA